GUGCCUUUAGACAACUGUAUCAGAGAGGAGUAUGCAAAUACUCUAAAGCCAGUCAUCAUACCUGCUUGCAGAGAUGUAAGAGAUAUAAUAUUCCGUGCACAGAUAUUUGUAAAUUAUUACGUUACUCUUCAGUCGCAACAAAUAGAAGAAAAUGAUAUAUCACAUUGUAUAUUUCAACGAAAUUAUUGGUACACUGUUUGUCAGUUAGUAAAUGCAAAAAGAGUUACACUCAGUACAAAUUUAUCUCCCAAUAUGAAUGCUGUCUGGGACGCUUUUAUGCCUGUAUAUCCCUCUAUUGUAUACAAUAAAGCAUUAGCAGCAGGUAACUCACAGUGCUUGGCAGAAGCUUGUAACAAACUGGCUACCAGCAAACAGAGCAGUAUAAUAGAGCAUUUUGAAGAGCACCUUUUAAAUUUUUUGUAUUAUCAUCUUCAGCAUAUUUUCAUGGCAAGUAACAGAAAUACGUAA